CGCCAGACCCCCACGUGUUUUUCUCGGAGGAAGCCUCGCGAAGUGUGUCCACCUCCCGUGUGUGUGUGUCAGUGUCCCCGCAUGGCAUCUCCGCGAGUGGAGGCGCUGCGGUGGGGGGAGCUGCGUGUCUGUGGCGCCAGCUGCGUCUACAAGGACUGCAAAGUGUGGCCUGGCGGCAGCCGAGCCUGGGACUGGCGGGAGACCGGCACAGACCACCGGCCCGGCGUGCAGCCGGCCGACUUGCAGGAGGUGCUGGAUGCCGGCAUUGAGACCCUUGUGAUCGGAUGCGGUAUGAACCAAGCCCUGCAGGUGCCCCGCGCCACCCAGGACUUUGUCCGCGCCCGCGGGGUUACGCUGCUCGUGCUGCCCACGGAGCGAGCCGUGGACGAGUACAACCGCCUCAUCGUCGGCGGUGCCACCGCAACGGGGGGGCACGGGGGGGGCUCCCCCCGGGUGGGGGGGGUCUUUCACUCCACCUGCUAGAGCCCCCCCUCGCCCUUCCCCUCUCAACACAGUGCCAUGUGUUUUUCAAGCGAGGCUUGGUGGCGCUACAAUUUUUAGGCUGCAUGACCCGCAUGUCGCUUGCGUGUGGUUAGCACGUAUCUUUCCGGCGUGUAGUUUGGCAUGAUGUCCGACAUUUCGCUCCGCUCGCUGGGGAGCUAAUUCAGGUGCAAGGUCAUUGGGUGCCUCGGAGGUUGUUGUUCCAGACCCAUAGACGCACUCAGAGACAUGUAGACUCAUUCAGAGACCCAUAGACUCACACAGACCCACAGACUCGCAUAUAGACCUACGAGUGACUCACAGAUAUUCCUCGUGUCACGGUCACCCUGCAUCACUGGAGGCGCAAUUUGUGUAAAAAAUAAUAACAUGACUUAAACGUUAAUUAAUCAGCUCGCAACCCCUCCGUGCCUCCAUGGCGCGUCGCGAAGGGUUCCGCUGCACUGCGACCGCCCAUCAACCGGUCAACCCGGGGUCGGUGCACGGCUCUCGUGACGUUCUUCGCCAAUUUAAAGAGUGAAGAUCGAGGUGGCGGUUUCUCACUUGACGGAGGUAACAGCGUUCUCCCGGCCUGCCCUCUGAGUUUUUAUCAACCUGGGGCCCGAUGCAAAAAAAUACUCGAGACCCUGGCACCGUCGACGUCGGUGGCAGGAGGCGGGGCGUCGAUGUUCAUCGCCACGGCUGCCAAAUGAAGACGCCGCAACUCGACUGCAUUCGCGCUGUCCAUUCUGCAAUCGUGCUGAGACGUUGGCCCUGCGCUGCCGAUUGUCCACGCGGCAAAUUCUUUAGUUGAACGAGGGGUUUGCUUCCCCCAGACCGGUGUCGAAAUAGAGCAGGUAGCACCUCUCCCAAAAAAUGUUGCCCUGAGUCAAUCUAUAAAAAUAAAAGUAAAAAAUUGUG